AUGCAGUUUACUACUCACAUACAUACAGUACACAACUCACAUACAGAACACUACUCACAGACGUACAGGACUCUACUCACAGAUAUACAACAUACAGGACUCUACUCACAGAUAUACAGUACACUACUCACAGACAUACAGGACACUACUUACAUACAGGAAAUACUCACAGACAUACAUUACACUACUCACACACAUACAGGACACUACUCACAAACAGUACACUACUCACAAGCAUACAGGACACUUCCCACAGGAAUACAGUACAUUACUCACACACAUACAGGAUACUACUCACACAAGCAUACAGGACACUACUCACAGACAUACAGUACACUACUCACAGACAUACAGCACACUACUCACAGACAUACAGUACACUACUCACAGACAUACAAGACCCUACUCACAAAUAUACAGUACACUACUCAGAGACAUAUUGGACACUACUCACAUACAGGACACUACUUACAGACAUACAGGACGUUACUCUCAGAUAUACAGUACACUACUCACAGACAUACAGGACACUUUUCACAAACAUACAGUACACUACUCACAUACAAUAAGACAGUACUCACAAACACACAGUACACUACUCACAUACAGGACACUACUCACAUACAGUACACUACUCACAAGCAUACAGGACACUUUUCACAAACAUACAGUACACUACUCACAUACAAUAAGACAGUACUCACAGACACACAGUACACUACUCACAUACAGGACACUACGCACAUACAGACACUACUCACAGACAUACAGGACACUACUCCCAUACAUAAAGGACACUACUCACAGACAUACAGUACACUACUCACAUACAGUGCACUACUCACAGACAUACAGGACACUACUCCCAUACAUAAAGGACACUACUCACAGACAUACAGUACACUACUCACAAGACAUACAGACGACCUCUCACAGACAUACAGUUCAGUACUCACAGACAUACAGGACACUACUCACAUACAGUACACUUCUCAGAGUCAUACAGGACACUACUCACAUACAGUACACUACUCACAGACAUACAGACGACCUCUCACAGACAUACAGUUCAGUACUCACAGACAUACAGGACACUACUCACAUACAGUACACUUCUCAGAGUCAUACAGGACACUACUCACAUACAGUGCACUACUCACAGACAUACAGGACACUACUCCCAUACAUAAAGGACACUACUCACAGACAUACAGUACACUACUCACAGACAUACAGACGACCUCUCACAGACAUACAGUUCAGUACUCACAGACAUACAGGACACUACUCACAUACAGUACACUUCUCAGAGACAUACAGGACACUACUCACAUACAGUACACUACUCACAGACAUAUUGGACACCACUCACAUACAGGACACUACUCUCAGACAUUUUAG